UUAGUUACAGCUUCCUUAAUCUUCCACGUGUCCAUAACGAAUCUUCCUCACUCCCUACUUCUUUCUCCCUUAACCAAAUCCUAGUCAACAGAUACCAUUAUCACGUCCAUACUCCCGCCACGCGUCCAUAAUAUUCUAAGUCAGCAGCAACACACGCUUAUGUCGAAUCUCUUCCUAUAAUAACAACCAAAUCCAAAUUAGUAUUAUGUGUAAUUUGUUUUACUUCAAUUAGAAUGAAUACUCAUCUUCCUAAUCAUAGGGAUCGCCGCAUCCUAUCAUUCCCGGCGGUUCAUCCUUGCGAAGGAAUAUCCACCGCAACACUCGUCGCUUCUCUAAUCACUCUCUCGCAAACCAUAUGCAAUUUCCAACCUCAAAUAUUUCCAACACAAAAACGAAACGCAAGAGAAACCAUACGUCAAAUUUCCAUCAUUUCAAUAUUCCUCCACGAAAUUCAAGACAAUUAUUCCUUAAUCCCUAACUCAAUUAUCAUCUCUUUCUCAGAGCUUCACUUCACUUUACAAAAGAUUCAUUUCUUAAUGCAAGAUUGUACUCUUGAAGGUGCUAACCUUUUAUUGCUCUCGAAAUCGAAACAAGUGGCGGAACACUUUUGCUCUCUUAUUCGCGCCGUCGCAACAUCACUAGACGUUUUGCCUUUACACAGAAUCGAAAUUUGCGACGAAGUGAAGGAGUUAGUUGAGAUGGUAGCAAAGCAAGCGAGGAAAGCUAAAUUUGAAGUGAACCCCAGUGACGAGAUUGCGACGAAAAAACUCUAUUCAGUUCUUCAUCAAUUCGAGAGAGGAACAGAGCCAAAACUUCAUAUCAUGCAGGAGAUUCUCGAUUACUUAAAAAUCAAAAACUGGAACGAUUGCAACAAAGAAAUCAAGUUCAUAGAAAACGAGAUAAGCUUAUUAGAGUAUCGUGAUUGCAACGAACGUGAACUUCCAUUGUUGAGUAGCUUGGUUGGAUUUUUAAGCUACUGUAGGGUAGUGAUAUUCGAAUUCGAAUCACUGGAUCAAAAUUCAGAUCAAUCCGAAGCUCGUAUCAGCACCGAGAUAAUAUCUAUAACAUGUCUGAAUCCAGACGAUUUCCGAUGUCCAAUUUCACUCGAAUUGAUGACAGAUCCAGUAACAAUUUCAACCGGACAAACCUACGACCGUGCCUCAAUUUAUAAAUGGCUUAAAGCAGGAAACAAAACAUGUCCCAAAACAGGAGAAAAUCUUAACAGCACAGAGUUAGUCCCAAACACAGCGCUAAAGAAGCUUAUCCAACAAUUUUGCACCGACAACGGAGUUUCAUUUUCCAAAUCAUGUAACCGCAACCGAGAUAUAACCAAAACAAUUUCACCAGGUAGUUCUGCAGCAGCACAUGCUAUACAGUUUCUGUCAUGGUUUCUAACACGAAGGCUCGUGUUCGGAACAGAGAAACAGAAGAACAAAGCAGCUUACGAGAUUCGUUUGUUAACUAGGUCGAGUAUUUUCAACAGAGCGUGUUUGAUUGAAGUUGGAACGGUGCCGCCAUUGUUGGAGCUUUUAGCCACGGAAGAUAAAACGACACAAGAGAAUGCUAUCUCUGCUUUGAUGAAGCUUUCAAAGCAUAGUAACGGGCCUGAAAAUAUAAUGGGCCAUAACGGUUUAAAGCCCAUUAUAUCGGUACUUAAAAAUGGGCUUAGUCUUGAGGCCCAACAAAUCGCAGCAGCUAUAAUCUUCUAUCUUUGUUCAGUGAAAGAAUACAGAAAAUCAAUAGGUGAAAAUCAAGACGCGAUUCCGUGUUUAGUUGAGUUAGUUAAACAAGGAACAACAUGCGGGAAAAAGAACGCUGUUGUUGCGAUUUUCGGACUUCUUUUGCUACCAAGAAAUCACCAACGCGUGAUUGAAGCCGGUGCUGUUCACGCGCUUGUUUCUAUUUUACAUCCUUCGUAUAACUAUAAAGAGGAACUUGUUACUGAAGCUUUGGCUGUUAUUGCGGCACUAGCUGAGAAUUUCGAUGGAGCGAACGCUGUGUUGGAAGCUUCGGCGUUAACGUUAAUUACCGGGAUGUUGCGAUCUGCUACUUCGCGUGCUGGGAAGGAACACUGUGCUUCGAUUUUGUUGUCGCUUUGUGUUAAUGUAGGUGCGGAUGUUGUUGGUGUUCUUGCUAAGGAUAUUACGCUUAUGCCCUUGCUUUAUUCGCUUCUUACGGAUGGUACUGCUCAUGCUGCUAAGAAAGCGCGUUUUCUCAUUCAGAUUCUACAGGAUUUUAACGAAACAGCAAGUUCGAGAUUGAAAGGUUCUUCAAUUUUGCGUCAAUUGAAUGGGUUGGAACUUAGGAAUUAGGGUAUUUUUUGUGAAUAUAUACGUAUACUUUUUUUGUGUAAAUACUGUAACAUACAUAGGAUUGGUUAUCAUUGGAACAAUUGAGAUUUUGUGAAACUAGCUCUCUGUGUUUUUUAUCCUCGAGAGCUAGUUUUAAUAAGUGAGCUUCAACUUAGAAACUGGAAGCUUAUGAUUAUUCUGUAUCUGGUAUACUUGUGAAAUAAAGUGGUGUGAAAUUAAUGAAUAA